AUGAAACCCAAGGAUGUCAGGAAACAAGAUGAAAAAGAAUUAUUGAAACGCAUCUCAAAACACAGGAAAAUUUUAAUUAAAAGAUCAAAAUUCAAAGUUGGCGAUAGAGUUGGAAUAAGCAAGAAUAAACAUAUUUUUGAAAAAGGAUAUACACCAAACUGGACAACUGAAAUAUUUACCAACUCUCAAGUUAAAUCAACAAAACCAGUAACAUAUAAGUUGAAAGAUUAUCAGGAUCAACCCAUCGAAGGUGGUUUCUACGAAGAAGAAAUUUCUAAAGUGAAAUAUUCAGAUAUAUAUCUCAUAGAAAAAGUUCUCAAGAAUCGUCGUGAUGAAGUCUUUGUAAAAUGGUUAGGAUUUGAUAAUUCACAUAAUAGUUGGAUAAAAAAUCAGACAUACUUAGCCGAACUUAUUGCCCCAUCCGCAGCCGGGGAGAAGGAGCCAGAAUUAGCAAAUACAAUACCCAGAUAG